GCGAGACUGAACCAUGACGUUCAUAGCGAAGACUUUUUAUGAUCUGCACGCAACUACUCUGGAAGGGGACACCAUAGACUUUAAUAUUUACCGGGGAAGAGUGGUGCUAAUUGAGAAUGUGGCCUCGCUGUGAGGGACGACCACCCAGGACUACACGCAGCUUAAUGAGCUCCAGAGCAGAUAUCCUCAUCGGCUUGUAGUCCUGGGCUUUCCCUGCAACCAGUUUGGAUACCAGGAGAACUGCUCUGAUGGAGAAAUUCUUAAUUCCUUAAAGUAUGUUCGUCCAGGUGAAGGGUAUAAGCCUUCGUUCACUAUUUUUCAGAAGUGCGUUGUAAACGGGAGUGAUGCGCAUCCUGUCUUUUCCUACUUAAAAGACAAGCUCCCUUAUCCAGACGAUGACCCUGUGACUUUAAUUCAAGACCCUAAAUAUCUAGUCUGGAAUCCAGUCAGUCGAAAUGAUAUUUCGUGGAAUUUUGAAAAGUUUUUAAUUGGGCCAGAAGGCGAGCCCUUCAAAAGAUACAGUAAGAAGUUUCAAACGAUCAAUAUUGAACCUGACAUUCAAAGGCUACUGAAGCUGACCAAGAACUAAUGGAAACAUGUAGGCAAUGAUCACAUUGACAAUGGUUUUUAUUAUAUAGGCUAUAUUAUAUUCCUUGUUAGCAGCUCUACGGCAUCAUCUCACUUUCUUUUUUAUUACUUAAUGAAAGUGACGCACCUAAAUGUAACGGGGUUGCACCUGAGACUGUAUAUAUUUAAGAAUUUGGGAUGAUGCCAUAAACAAUCAUCAUGUAAUAGAAAAACUUACUGAAAUAAAAAGCGUCAUCUGUCUCAUCUACUGUACAUUUCAUUAAUGUAACAUCUGCAUGUGUUCGCUGAAGUCCCAAAGCUUUAUAAAUGGCUUUAUAACCU